AUGUCAUUUCAACGAUCAACUGAAUCAAUUAUAAAACAAUUAUGUUCAGGAAUAUUAUCGGGUGGUAUUAUUGGAAAAUUGAUAAGUAAAGGUCACUAUGUUCUAGCAUAUGUAGCAUUUACUUCAAUUGGUUUAAUUGAUAUUGCAUAUCAUUUGAAUUAUUUGAAAGCACAUAUAACACAUUUAACAUAUGAUCAAUUAGCAAGUCGCAGAGACAUCAGAUCUAGAUUUAACAACUUCCAACGAAGCGUACAAAGAGAGGUGCUUGAUCCAAAUGAUGGUUUGAAUCGCGAAGUGACCUGGCUAUGGAAUGAUGUGAAAAGACACAUUGAUGGACAUAUCUAUUUUGGAAUGGGUUUUACCAUGGCAUGUUUAGCAAGUGCUGUUCUUUUCUAG